UCCCGGCCCACAACCCACAGCUCCGCCGCUUCUGCUGCUCUCUCCGCUCUCGGCUUCGUCUGCACGCAACCGCCUCGCAUCCGCUCCCCGACUCCGCUCAAUUCUUCGCCGCCGCCGCCGCUCGCCGUUCGCCCCAGCAUGGCCGCCGCGUCGUCCGCCACCUCCAUCCACGAAUUCACCGUCAAGGAUUCAAGCGGGAAGGAUGUUGACCUGGGCACCUACAAGGGGAAGGUUCUCCUCAUUGUCAAUGUCGCAUCCCAGUGUUAUGAUCAUAGGACAUCAGUGAUCGAAAGGGCGUAUUUGGAUUUCGUAUCCAAUUAUGAUCAUAGGACAUCAGUGAUAAGGGCGUAUUUGGAUAAGAAGAAGGAGGUUGAAGAAGAAAAGGAGAAGAAGAAACAAGAACAGGAUGCUAGGAAACAAGAACAGAAACUAGUUAUAGAUUCAGCGACAGAGCUUGGAGUGGACCUGAUGGAAGAACAACUCUGGGAUGGUGUGAUCAAGAUCUGCAUGCAUGAUGAUCUACGCAAUAUCUUCCUGUGCACACCUGUUGAAGCAAGGCUCUCCAUGAUCAAGCAAUAUGCUGCUACGGAUGUUCAAGCUCAUUUUGGUGCACAAGUUGAAGCUCCAGUGGAAGAGGAGGAUGAGGAGGACGAGGAGGACAUGCUGGACGAGUGGUGGGAACUAUUCUGGAAAUUGGUGGUAGAAGACGAUGAUGAAGCACCAUUUAUCUAUGGUAUCUACUGUUUACUUGGUGGACUCGAGGUAUGCGAACCGAACCGGCUUCCUGGCUCCUUACCGGUAGGCCAAGUAUCACAUCCAAGACUUUCAAAACGCGCCCGAACCACAAGUGGCUUAACUAACUCCAACUACACUGAGCUGGCCCAGCUCUAUGAGAAGUACAAGGACCAAGGCUUUGAGAUCCUGGCUUUUCCAUGCAACCAGUUUGGCGGGCAGGAGCCUGGCACCAAUGAGGAGAUUGUCCAGUUUGCCUGCACACGCUUCAAGGCCGAGUACCCCAUCUUUGACAAGGUUGAUGUCAACGGUAACAAUGCUGCACCCAUCUACAAGUUCCUGAAGUCUAGCAAGGGUGGCCUCUUCGGUGAUAGCAUCAAGUGGAACUUCUCCAAGUUCUUGGUUGACAAGGAGGGGCGUGUUGUGGAUCACUACGCCCCGACCACUUCCCCUCUGAGCAUCGAGAAGGAUAUCAAGAAGCUGCUUGGGAGCUCUUAAACCAUCGGGCUGGAACCUGUAGAAAAAACAUGUACUCGUGCAUUGCUCUGAGCGCUAAAAUUUACAAUAAUGCGGUGUUAAUGAAGUAGUGCUCCAUAUAUCCAGAGGUUGCAGUACAUGCUCUAUUUCCCUUUCAUGAACUCUGUACUUGUAUAUUUCGUUUUAAUGGACAUGAGGUGCCUAUGGUUUUUGAGUUCUCGGGGAACA